ACCAUGCAAAUCGACCCAGCCGAUUACAUUGAGGCCCCAGAGGGAGUCACCACGCUUCGUUUCAACAACGAGAAGCAACAGGCCAAAUUUGAGCUUGGUGUGUGUAUGGCCGUGUACAAGUGGGAUGAAUUGAACACCGCCGUGGAAAACUCAUGGGGUGGACCAAACUCCGCUGAAAAGAGAGACUGGAUCUCUGGUGUAGUGAUAGAUUUAUUUGAAGAAAACCUUGUUGAUGUUCAAUUAAUCGAAGAAAGUUUGUUAUAUGCCAUGGUUGAUGAAUUUGACACUGAGAUCGAUAAUGAUUCUGCAUUGGAAAUCGCUGCUCUUGUGGUAAAAAUCUAUAGAGAAAUCCAUUUGGGACAAACCGCAACUGUGGAUACCAUGUACGAAAAGUUCCAAGCCAAGCAAGCAUCUAGAUCUUCCGCUGCCCCAGUAGUUAUUGCAUCCGAUCCAAACAACCCUAGUGAUGAUGACGACGAUGAAGAUGAAGAAGAUGAAGGACAACAAGCACCUGCCUUGGUCCAAGACGACAGCAUGCAAGUUGACGAUGAGCCACAAGGUCCAAUUGUUGAUGAAGAUGGGUUUGAAACUGUCCAAAGAAAGGGACGUAGAGGUGGAAGACGUUAG